AUGGCGCCCCCGCGACAGCGAGCUACCGCCGUCAUUGACGACUCGCGCUCCGAAGCCUCCAGCGGUACCAGGGAGAAUAAGAGCGUCACAGGCUCGAAAGGCCGUAAGGCCGUCAAUGGUUCCCUGGCUGCUACUUCCGUCGGUAGCCGUGAGGGCAAAGCCGUUGCCAACGUGACCAGCGCCCCAGCCCAGGAAGCUGACCCGGAUGAACGGCCAAGGAUCCCAUGGUCCGACAUGCCUCUCGAUAUCCUCCACGCCUACCGCCAUGCCUACAAACUACCCACCUCUAGUGCCUUCUCUCGGCCCUCCUCCCGUCUCUAUCUCUCAUGUGGGAUUGGCCUCCGCUCUCCUACUGCCAUCUCUGCACAGCGGGCCACCGCCAAACGGACUCUAGGAGCCACCAAUGGCCUCGUCAACGGUCGUAAUAAGCCUUCCUCACUCUCUCAGCCUAGAUCUGUCGCGGCGUCUUCGUCAGCCCACGAGUCUCUCGCUCGCGACCAGCUCAACCACAUCAUCGGCCAGGGGAGGGUGGGCAAGGACCAGCUGGCCCUUGCGGUACGCAAGCACUUCAACAGUGCCGCGCUCGCCGAGCAGGAGGCCAUUGCCCGCUUUCUAUAUAAAGUUCGAGAGGAGGGCCGCGGGCGACAGUUCCGCCUCCGCUUCCAGCCUUGA